CUCCGAAUGCAAUCCUCCCACCUGUCAAAUUAUGAUAGCUUAGCACGUCAUGACUCAGGUCCCCUUCUUAUCCAUCACCAAUCUGCUCCUCCCGCCACAACAGAACCUAGCAACCAAAAGCUUCAAAACUCGCUACUCGCUACUCGCUAGUUACUUUUUCCAGAGGGAAACAGGAAGUGGCAACUGGCAAUGCAACUGAAGCCGGUAUUCUGGAAUAGGUCAAACUAGUCAGCUACAAAUUCGGGCAAAAAUGGACUGUAUCGGAAAGCUGAACUUAUCCGCAAUGACGGUCUCUCCGUGUCGUGUGGUGAAGUGGUUUUGCAGGAAGAGGCUGAGGAGUGAAAAGCACGUGGCCUGGCCCACGGGAAACCGCGCGUAUAUAUCGAAGUCGGCAGCUGCAGCUCUACGAGCUAGGUGCGUGAGCAGCAGUUCUGGUGUGGCGGUGAAAGAAGAGUUCGCCGACAAAGAUGAUUAUGUUAAGGCUGGUGGUUCAGAGAUUUUGUUUGUCCAAAUGCAACAGAACAAACACAUGGAGGGACAGUCUAAGCUUUUGAACAUGUUGCCGCCAAUAUCUGUUGAUAAACGAAUCUUAGACUUGGUAGUCAUUGGUUGUGGUCCUGCUGGCCUUGCACUUGCUGCUGAGUCAGCUAAGUUGGGCUUAAAUGUGGGGCUCAUUGGGCCUGAUCUUCCUUUUACAAAUAACUAUGGGGUCUGGGAAGAUGAGUUCAAAGAUCUUGGGCUUAUGAGAUGCAUCGAACAUGUUUGGCGAGACACCAUUGUAUAUCUCGACGUUGGUGAUCCUGUUCUUAUUGGUCGUGCAUACGGACGUGUCAGUCGCCAUUUGCUCCAUGAAGAGUUAUUGAAAAGGUGUUUGGAUUCAGGAGUUUCAUAUCUUAACUUGAAAGUGGAAAGGAUUGUUGAGAACACAUAUGGUCAGAAUCUUGUAGAAUGUGAAGGCAACAUCAUCAUUCCAUGCAGGCUAGUUACUGUUGCAUCUGGGGCAGCCUCAGGAAAACUGUUGCAGUAUGAGGUUGGGGGUCCAAGUGUUUCGGUUCAAACAGCUUAUGGCAUGGAGGUUGAGGUGGAGAACAAUCCAUACGACCCCAGCCUGAUGGUUUUCAUGGAUUACAGAGACUAUGCCAGACACAAAGUUCACUCUUUAGAAGCACAAUUCCCAACUUUUCUUUAUGCAAUGCCCAUGUCUGGUACAAGAGUCUUUUUUGAGGAAACUUGUCUGGCUUCAAAAGAAGCUAUGCCUUUGGAGCUCUUGAAGAAGAAACUACUAUUAAGACUGGAGACAAUGGGUGUCCGAAUAAAGAAAACUUAUGAAGAGGAAUGGUCUUAUAUACCAGUUGGUGGGUCACUGCCAAAUACAGAACAAAAAAACCUUGCAUUCGGUGCUGCUGCUAGUAUGGUUCAUCCUGCUACAGGGUAUUCAGUUGUGAGGUCGUUGUCAGAGGCCCCAAGAUAUGCAUCAGUCAUAGCAAAUAUUUUGAAACAAAGUCGCGGUGUGGAUAUGCUUAUGAGUUCGGGAAAUAUUGAAAAUGUUUCAACAAAAGCUUGGAGCACGCUGUGGCCGCAAGAAAGGAAACGACAAAGAUCAUUUUUCCUAUUUGGUCUGGCACUUAUAUUGCAGCUCGAUAUUGAGGGAAUGCGGGCAUUUUUUCACACGUUCUUCCGCUUACCAAAGUGGAUGUGGCAGGGGUUUCUGGGGUCUACCUUAUCCUCAUUGGACCUCAUGUUAUUUGCUUUGUAUAUGUUUGUUAUUGCACCAAGUGACAUGAGAAAACGCCUGAUCAGACAUCUGCUAUCUGAUCCAACCGGGGCAACCAUGAUCAGAACUUAUCUCAUUCUUUAAAUCAUAUCAAAUGGAGCGCAGAGUAGUUUCUUAACUACUCUCAAUAUUAUGUGUUUUGUUCAUCUUCUUAUAAUGUAUAAAUAGACUAGAAAAUACGUCUAGGGCAGUUUAUGUACAGAACUUUUGACUGGGUAAUUACAACAUGUGAUAAUUCAGUUCAUUGACUUUCAAAAGUUCAGAACCCCCCUUCCUCAGUUCCUCCUGUGCAUGAUUGAUUAGUAUUGUUUAUUAAUUAACCAGUACAAGUCAUCUGCAACUUUAAACCUUGUUAUUUCACUGUAGUAGUCAUAUUGGUUUAAACCUUG